AAACGUGAGGAUUGGUAUAGUAGUAGUAGUAGUAGUAGUAGUAGUAGUAGUAUUAGAGGCAGAAAUGUCCCGAUCCAAUCUCGCAGUCCUGGCUACAUCUGCACGGGUAAGAGCUAGAGCUAGCAUGUGGACGGAGAGCCCACUGCUCCGAGACGCCGGCGCCGCCGUGCUCACCGGAGCCGCCUCCUUCGCUGUGCUCAGCUUCUGGGAGCUGGUCGCCAACCGCGCUCUCUUGGACCAGAAGCUUUGCAGGAAACUCGUGCACAUCACUGUUGGCUUAGUAUACUUCCUUAUGUGGCCUUUCUUCAGCGCGGAUGAUGUUUAUGCUCCUUUUCUUGCUUCCAUUGUAAUUGUACUCAACAUCAUAAAGGUGACCUUGAUUGGACUUGGUAUUGUCAAAGAUGAGGGUGUGGUGAACUCCAUGACCAGGAACGGGGACUGUAGGGAGCUUCUUAAAGGUCCACUGUAUUAUGCUUGUGCUAUAACUCUCACUACUAUAAUUUUCUGGAGGACAUCCCCCAUUUCAAUCGCUGUGAUUUGCAACUUGUGUGCCGGAGAUGGUGUAGCUGACAUAGCUGGAAGGCGAUUUGGGCAUGCAAAGCUUCCUUACAACCCUGACAAAUCUUACGCUGGAUCAGUUGCAAUGUUCUUAGCUGGUUUCCUUGCGUCAAUCAUGUACAUGUGCUACUUCCAUCUCUUCGGAUUUGUGGAGGAGAGCUGGAGAAUGGUGGUUGCCUUUGGAGUGAUAUCGCUUGCUGCUGCAAUUGUGGAGUCACUUCCUAUCAGCACACGCCUAGACGACAACUUGACUGUGCCAGUUACAUCUGUUUUCGUUGGUGUCCUGAUUUUCUAUUAUGUUGGGGCCAGAAACCUGUGUUGCAUGAGCACUGACAGCAGCUACAUUUCUGCACUUGUUCAGAAUCAGAUGGUCUUGGGCAGGUACUAGUGAGUAGCCGCCAACGCCAAUCAGAGUUUAGCAGUAACUGACUGUUUGGAUGGGUGUCAAGUGCAGCGGAUUGGUUUACAUGUAAACAUGGAUGGACACAAACUGAAAUUAUCAUAGCUAUCUGACAUUACUAAAUCAAAAUAGUUAAACAAAUCUUGAGCUCAAAGAGGUUUAUCUAUGGGGGAGGAUGUACACGUGGAGUAAUGAGCAGAGGGCCCCAACUCUGGUCAAGCUUGACGGACUACAGAUUGGGAGGACGCCUUCUCUAAAGCCAACCUCCAAGCACUCAGUUCGUCAGCUUCCGACCACUGUCCCCUGCUUCUGAUUUGUGGCCAGCUAGCCCAGCAUCAGUUUGCGUCGCUUCCGUUUUGAAAACUACUGGACUAAGCAGGAUGGGUUUCAGCAAAUUGUGCUCUCGGCCUGGGAACAUCAACAACCAGUCAGCAGCGAA